AUGAAGCAGCAACAACAAAAACCCGACUCCACCUCCCCCAGCAGCAACACCAAUAGUUCGCCGCAACGCAAGAACGGCGGGGGCGCUGGCGCUCCCAAACCGGAAUCUGAAUCCCCGGAGCCGCAGUUCGAAGACGACAGUCAGAAUCCGGGCAAAAUGUUCAUUGGCGGGUUGAGUUGGCACACGUCCGCCGAAGGGCUCAGAGAUUACUUUAGCAAGUUUGGAGAAGUCAACGAGUGUAUGGUGAUGCGGGAUCCGGCUACGAAGCGGGCACGGUGAGUUGGUUUUUUUAGGCAAGAACUUUCUUUACAAAACAAAAAAUGGCAAGAACUUUCUUUAAAAGACAAAAAAUGGCAAGAACUUUCUUUACAAAACAAAAAUGGCAAGAACUUUCUUUACAAGACUUAAAACGGCAAGAACUUUCUUUACAAAACAAAAAAUGGCAAGAACUUUCUUUACAAAACAUAAAAUAGCAAGAACUUUCUUUACAAAACAAAAAUGGCAAGAACUUUCUUUACAAGACUUAAAACGGCAAGAACUUUCUUUACAAAACAAAAAAUGGCAAGAACUUUCUUCACAAUUUAAAAAAUAGCAAGAACUUUUUUUACGAAACAUAAAAUAGCAAGAACUUUCUUUACAAAACGAAAACUAGCAAAAACUUUCUUUACAAAACAAAAAAUGACAAGAACUUUCUUUACAAGUCUUUAAUUUCAGUGGAUUCGGCUUCAUAACCUUUGCGGACCCGAAUGCGGUCGAUAAAGUAUUGGCAGAAAACGAGCACGAGUUGGAUGGAAAGAAAAUCGACCCUAAGGUAGCGUUCCCUAAAAAGACUCAACCCAAAAUGGUAGUCCGAACCAGGAAAGUAUUUAUUGGUGGAUUGUCACCUACAUCAACAUUGGACGAUCUGAAGAACUACUUUCAACAGUACGGCAAGAUAGAGGAUGCUAUGUUGAUGUUCGAUAAAGUUACGCAACGGCAUCGGGGUAGGUUUUUAUUUUUAGGGUAGGGCAAGGUACGGUUAGGCCCGGCUAAAUCAGAACUUUUUUGCUCAGGUCUGGCCCGGCCCAAAUUUUUUUUACGUGGAGACGGGUCUGGCCGGACUUUCAUUUUCAGGCCCGGCUUAAUCUAAAUUUGAGCCAGGCCCAGUCCGAUGGGCCCGUUCUUUAUGUAGGGUAGGGUAGAGUAAGGGUAGGGUAGGGUAGGGUAGGGUAGGGUAGGGUAGGGUAGGAUAGGGUAGGGUAGGGUAGGUACAGUUAAACGUGGAUAACGGGACGGGCCCACUUUUCAGGCCUGGCCCGAUCUGAGUGUUUUGCAGGCCGGGGCCGGCUUAAAUUUUUAUACGUGGAAACCGGCCGGGCUUUUUCGGGAUUUCCAGGCCGGCCCGACCUAAAUUUUGCUCAGGCUUGGCCCAGGCCGGUGGUAUGCCAGGCCCGUUUCCCGCGUUUAAAUACUGUACCAUACUACUGGUGCCGACAUAAAGAACCGCCAUUCUUUUCCAGUAGAAAAUGAAGGGUUCUUUAUGUCGCCAUCUAAUAAAACGCCCAUAACGUUAAAAUUUCAGGUUUUGGCUUUGUAACCUUUGACGACGAUGAAGUUUCGGACAAAGUUUGUGAAAUCCACUUUCACGAAAUCAACGGUAAAAUGGUGGAAUGUAAGAAAGCACAGCCCAAAGAAGUAAUGUUGCCGGUUCAGUUGAGUAAAAGUCGCGCAGCGGCCGCUAGGAAUUUGUACGGACUGUCACCAGAACAGCUUUUGGGUGGGUUUUUGAUGUCAAAUAGCUCUCAGUUUUUGUAAUUCUUUUAACAAAUUUUAAAUUUUAAUUGUUAUUUGCCGACAUAAAGAACCCGCCAUAAUUUUCUUGUAAUUUUCUGUCAAAUAUGGCGGGUUCUUUAUGUCGGCGCCUAAUAAUUAAAAUUAAAAUUUUUUUUAAUUUUAAAAGUUGAAAAAUUGUUUUAGCCUACGCUUCAUAUGUACCAAGAAUGCCACCGUAUGGCGGGGGAAAUUUACUGUAUCCGGGGUGUAAGUUUUGUAUUUUUUUUUAAUUUUAUAUCAUCUAGCUUUAGAAUUAAGCCUAGCACUAGUCCUGACUCAAACUCUUUCCCUAAAUUUAACUUUAUUCUGUUUUAUAGCCCGAGCUCUAGCCUUAAAAUUAGUUCUAGACCUUGCCCUAGCUAGGCAUGGGCGGGUCCAAUUUGUUGGCCUUUCCACAAUCUAAAUUUUGCUCAAGGCCGGCCCGGACUGAAGUUUUUUACACGCAAACGGGCUUUUCACUACCCUACCCUACCCUACCUUAUCCUACCCUAUUCUUCCUUGCCUUUCCCAGACAAACGGACCAGGCCUAAUUUUCUGGCUCGGCCCGAUCAAAAUUUUGCUCAAGCCCGACCCGGCCCAAGUUUGUUUUUAUGUGAAAACGGACCGGCUCUGGUCUUGCUUUUCAGGCUCGACUUGAUCUAAAUUUUGCUCAAGGCCGGCCCGACUUAUUCAUAUGUCUAACCCCAGCCCUACCUCAGCCCUACCAUAACCUCACUGUUUUCAACCACAAAAACUUUGUUUCCAGUAUUCAACGGCUUCUCCCAAUCGUUCGGCAUCUCUCCAUCGGGUCGUAGUUCGGUGACGAAUGCUGGGGCCGCUUCCAGUUCGGGUAUUGUCACACCGCGCGAUUUGGCGGCGGCACAGGCCGCGGCCCAACAACACGCCUACGAAGCGGCGGUGGCCUACAUGGGCGGACACAACGAUUACUACCAUAAUCAACAGUCCAUACCCAACAACUUUAACAAAAUGUGA